CUUAUAUGUAUAAGCAUUAAGUAAUAGACUUAAAGAUCUCAAUUGAGCUGUUAUAUUUGGAAAAAGGAAUAAAAAUGAUGUCAAUCACAUAUGUAUAGAUAAAAAAGUUAAGAAUUAUUAGACAUAAUAGCUCUUAAGAAAUUAAGUUAGAAUUGAUAAGAAUAUAACAUAAGAUGAAUCUAUAAAUUUGAUGUAAGUAAUAUAUAUAAAUAUCAUUUUUUUAGG